AUGCCACCUAAAGCUGGUGAACCAAAGUUCGAUACUCAAGUGGCAAACUUAGAUGCUACGAAAGCAAUCACUAAAUUUAAGAAAGAUUUCGCCGGAAAGAUUUCUCAAGAUGAUCAUCAAAUCUUAUUAAGACCUGGUUACGGUAACGUUGGUAUUCCAACCGAAGUUGGUGUUAAUUUCUUCAAAUAUGCUGUUGCUGGUUUAAAAUUAUAUUCAUACCAUGUUGAUGUAAAAGUCAGUGGAAGAGUUAGACUUAAGAUUAAAGGUGCGGUUGAAAAAUUACUUGAAAAGGAACCAUUUAAAAGUAAAAGAUCUCAUAUCUAUUAUAGAGAUCAUAAUAUGAUGUAUUCUAGAACUCCUUUACCUAUCGAAAACGAAGUUAUCUAUCCUGUUAUUGAAGGUGCUGAAGUUAAAGUUAAAUAUGUUAAAGAAUUAAACUUUAAUGACUUGGUCAAAUAUGUUCAAUUACAAAGAUAUACCUGUGAUUUCAAUGAAAUUCAAGAAUAUACUAAUGCUUUAGUUGCCGUUAUUGGUUCUAAAGUUUUAGAAAAUAAAGAUGUCGUUGGUUUAGGUUCAAACAAAUUUUUUAUUUUCGAUAAAGGUGCCAAAUUUGAACCUUUCCAAAAAGGGUUAUUUGUCGCCCUUGGUACUUUUGCUAGUGUCAGAACUUCUUUUGAUUCAAUUAGAUUAAACUUAAAUCCAACAACUGCUAUUUUUUACAAGUCAUUUAAACCUGAUGGUUCUCCAAUGAAUGCUUUGGACUUAAUCCAAGAUUUCUUGCAAAUGAGAGGUAUGCCAAGAGAGGCUGACAUCAAGAAGGCGCAAUUCUUUAUGAAGGGGGUUAAGAUUUACCGUGCCUACCUUGAACGUAAAACUGGUAAAGCCAUCCAAGGAUUCAAUUUUAGAGAAAAUGCCGACACCUUAAAAUUUAAGGAUGAUAAUGGUAAUUUAACCUCAGUUCGUCAAUACUUUAAAGAUAAAUGGAAAAUUAAUCUUAAAUUCCCAAAUCUUCCAUUGUUAAAGAUUGGCCCUGAAGCUUACUUACCUAUGGAAUUAGCAUACAUUAUGCCACAACAACAAUAUAAUGGUGAAGUCUGGGAUACCCGUAAUCUUAUUAGAAUUACAUCUACUAAACCAAUGGAAAAGGCUAGAUUAAUUAGUAAGGAAAACAGUAAAUUAUUUAGUAAAGUUGAUUUCGGUAAAGUUGAUAGUCAAUUUACCGUUGUUCCUUCAAGAGUUUUAUCUGCCCCAGUUAUUGAAUAUUCUGAUAAUAAGAAAAUUAUCUUCCAAGAAAAAGCUCAUGAUGGAAGAACCGAAAAGAAAAAGGGUAAUUGGAACUUGGAAAGAAUUAGAUUUGUUGAACCAACUAAGAAAGCUAAGUCAUUCAAUUUCGGUGUUUGUAUUAUGAAAAAUAGAUUCUUAAAUAAUAAACUUGGUGAUUUACAAGGGGCAUGUAUUGCUUUCUUUGGUGAAUUAUCAAGAUUAGGUGUUAAUGUGAAUCGUGAUUUUAAGAAAUAUUCGUUAGAUAUGGAUCAUCCAUCAGUUUCUGAUCAACAUGGUAUGGAACAAGCCUUGACUUCAAUUUUCACUCAAGCAAAAACCAAAGACAAGAUUGAUUACCUUAUUGUUAUCUUACAUAAGAAGGAUACUACCAUGUAUCGUGCUGUCAAGAGAGUUGGUGAUUUGAAGGUUGGUGUUAUCAAUACUUGUGUUGUCUUUAAUGUCUUUACCAAGAAACUUCGUGGCUCUGACAGGUUUGAUAUUGGAUGUUAUUCUCAAAUUGCCAUGAAGAUCAACCUUAAAUUAGGUGGUUCUAAUCAUAGAUUAUCCCCAGCCGAUUCCAAAGGGUUAUUUGAUGCCCAAAAACAACCUGUAUUUAUCCUUGGUGCUGAUGUUACCCAUCCUACUGGACAAGUUAAUGCCGAAUCCAUUUCCGUGGCAUCAGUUGUUGGUUCUGAAGAUGGUAUUUUCAAUAAAUUCCCUGGAUCUGUUAGUGUCCAAAGAGGUGGUCAAGAAGUUAUUCAAGAUAUAUUUGGUAUGGUUUUGGAAAGAAUUGAAAAUUAUGUUAACAAGAUUGGUAAAUUACCAAAUAAAGUUCUUUUCUACCGUGAUGGUGUUUCUGAAGGUCAAUAUUAUACUGUUUUGAAGGAAGAAUUAACCGAAAUUAAAAGAGCUUUUGUUGAAUAUGGUAAGAGAAAGAAUAACCCCCACUAUGGUCCAAAGAUUACCUUUAUGGUUGUUGUUAAGAGACAUCAUACCCGUUUCAUUCCACUUAAUGAAAAUGCACCAGAUUCAAAGAAGAAUUUCGUUGCUGUUACUUCAAAUGAUAAUGUAAGUCCAGGUACUGUUGUUGACAGAGACAUCACCCAUCCAGCCUUCUUUGAUUUCUACAUCCAAUCACAACAAGCCUUACAAGGUUGUGGUAUCCCAGCCCAUUAUUAUGUCUUGCACGAUGAAAAUAAUUAUGAAUCCAAUGAAAUUCAAACUAUUACUUACAACUUGUGUCACACUUUUGGUCGUGCUACUAAAUCUAUCAAGACCGUUCCUGCUGCUUAUUAUGCUGACUUGUUGUGUACUAGAGGUAGAGAUUAUAUUGCUGGUGCUGAAAAGGAAAGAGGUAAUAAGAGUGCUGUUGAAAAGGCCAAGGCUAAGCUUGGAAAUAAUGUUGCUGCUAAUAUUAGGAAUACUAUGUAUUAUAUCUAG